GGGUCCAAUGGUACAUUACUGCAUCACGUGCUUGCUUCAUUCAUCUCGUGCUCCGGUGCUCUCCUCGUACUUCAACUAACCGUCGAACCUACUCGUCUCCUCCUCCCUCGGCACCCUCAAUAUGCCCUUCCAUGCCAACCACCGCCAUGGCGGAGACAAAACCCAUACCUUUCCUCUCGUCCUCUUCCUCCCUUCGUGGCCUUCAGUUCCGGAGAACCGAUGCUGCUUAAAGGAAAGAUCAGGCUCCCUAACACCAUCGUCCCGCGCUUUCCUGAUCGAAUCAAACCACCCGAGAAGAAGAAGAAGAAGGAGGAGGAGGAGGAUGACCAUGACGAAGGAAGAGAGGAGGAGGAGCUCCGAACGUUUCAGGUUGGUGGAGGAGGAGGAGGAGAAGAAAGAUCUGAAGGGGAAAUAUGGCCGGAUGACGGUGACGAGAACUGGACGGUGUUGAGGGCCCACCACAGGAUCAAGAUCGACAUCGGCAGGGAGGUUUCAUGGGAUAAGCGGUCCGAUUUGGAAUUCGAGCUUUCCCAGAAAGUAGUAAAUUUAGAAGCAUUGCGAUCGAUAGCUUCUUGUGGUCAUCUUGCUGAAGAGUUUCGGUCAAUUGUCUGGAAGUUAUUGUUGGGUUAUUUACCUGCUGAAAAAGAUUUAUGGAAAGGAGAACUGGCCAAGAACAGAUUAAGAUACGCUGAACUGAAAAGAGAGCUUUUACUAAAUCCAUCAGAAUUCUUGAUCAAGGAGGACGAGACAUCAAAUUCAAGCAUGCCAGGUCAGGACAAUGAAGCCGGUGGACUACUUUGUCGACGUGAAAUCUCAAAUGGGGACCAUCCUUUAUGCCUUGGUAAUGGUAGCAUCUGGAAUCAAUAUUUCAAGGAUGCAGAGAUUGUUGAGCAAAUUGAUCGUGAUCUUCAUCGGACGCAUCAAGAUAUAAAAUUUUUCUCAGGAGAUUCCUCAUUUAGCAGAAAGAACCUUGAAGCUAUGAGGAAUAUUCUUCUCCUAUUUGCAAAACUGAAUCCAGCAAUUGGUUAUGUGCAAGGAAUGAAUGAAGUGUUGGCUCCACUAUACUAUGUAUUUCGUAUGAAUCAAGAAGGGGAGGAUGCUUCAGAAGCAGAAGCAGACAGUUUUGAAUGUUUUGUUCAACUAUUGAGUGGUUCUGUGGACCAUUUUUGUCAACAAUUAGAUAAUAGUUCUGUGGGAAUUCAUUCUACACUCUUGCAUUUUUCUGAGCUUUUGAAAGCCAAUGAUGGAGAGCUUUGGCGACAUCUUGAUGCUUCUAAGAUGAAUCCCCAGUUCUAUGCAUUCAGGUGGAUUACCUUACUAUUGACCCAGGAAUUUGAACUCUCAACUAUCAUGAGGAUUUGGGAUUAUCUUCUCAGUAAUCCCUCUGGUGUGCAGGAGAUCCUACUGAGAGUCUGUUGUGCCAUGUUGCUAUGUGUUAGACAUGAACUUCUAAGUGGCGAUUUCGUAUCAAACUUGAAACUUCUCCAACAUUACCCUGAAGUUGACCUGGAACAUGUAUUGGAUGUAGCUUCUCAUCUGAAGACUCCCAUAUCGAGUUAUCAGCCUUACGGCAUCGUUUAGUAGUGUCAAAGAUCUUCACAAAGACAUGGACUAUUCUGUUUGCCGCGCAUUUGUCUUUAGUAGGUCUGGUUGUAUGUACUAGCAGUCGAGUGUUUCAAACUUGCUGCUGCAAUUCACCAGAGAUGUGUAUGACCGAGCAAAGUGGCAGUAUUAUGUAUCUGACGCCGAAUCCAAUCUAAAUAAUUUUCCUCGUAUUGUUAUGGUGCCA